AUGCGGGUCCGGGCGGGCACUACCUAUUUUGGGCAACAAAGAUACAACGACAUCAAGAAGCAAUGUGAGAAAUCGGGCCAAUAUUUUGUGGACACGGAUUUCCCGCCCACCAACACUUCUUUAUUCCUAGAAGGCGAUCGGAGUUCGGACAUCGUUUGGAAGCGACCAGGGGAAAUCUGCUCGAAUCCGCAGCUUUUCGUCGAAGGAGCUUCGCCUAAUGAUGUGACGCAGGGUAUCCUCGGGAACUGCUGGUUCGUGAGCGCCUGCUCGGCAUUAACGCAUAAUCAGGACUUGCUGGAAAAGGUGAUUCCAGCGGCCCACAAGCAGGAAUGGGCGACGGGUAACACGUAUUCCGGCAUCUUCCGGUUUCGAUUUUGGCGUUUCGGGACGUGGAUGGAGGUGGUGGUGGAUGAUUUGUUGCCGACGAGAGACGGCCGACUCCUUUUCGCCCGCUCCAAGACCCCGAAUGAAUUCUGGUCUGCCUUGUUAGAGAAGGCUUUCGCAAAGCUUUACGGCUGUUAUGAGAACCUGGUCGGCGGCCACCUGUCCGACGCGCUACAGGAUGUUUCGGGAGGGGUGGCGGAGACAAUUUCCGUGGUCAAAUUCCUCCGCAACGACCCAGCCGCCCAGUCCGAUCAACUCUUCGAACGUCUCAGGAUGGCCUACGAAAAUGAGGCGCUUGUCAUUGCAGCAAUAGCGGCACGAACGAAAGAGGAAAUCGAGGAAACGCUAGCUUGUGGUCUUGUAAAAGGACACGCCUACGCUGUGACGGACGUUCGCUUUAUUGAGUUGGAUGCGAAAGGAAGAUCGCUUACUACCUUCCUACUCGGCAAAACCGAAUCCCAGCGAAUGAUCCGGCUCCAGAACCCGUGGGGUGAGAAGGAGUGGAACGGACCGUGGAGUGAUGGUAGUCCUGAAUGGGAACAGGUGACAGAGUUGACAAAGAAGAGCCUCGGGAUUACGGUAGAUGAGGACGGUGAAUUCUGGAUGCCCUGGGAGUCGUUUGCGCAGUAUUUCACUGAUAUCUCCGUCUGCCAACUCUUCAAUACCUCCGUGUUUUCGUUGGAGAAGAACUAUGACGAAAAGAUAUUCUUCGGCCAAUGGACCUCAAAUGGGGCACGGAGCGGGGCGCCUGGUGAUAUGGCGGGUGGAUGUCUAAACUUUCCAGCUUCUUUCUGUAGUAAUCCUCAGUACCUUUUCGACGUGGUCGGCGAGAAAAACGAGGUUAUGUUCGCCCUAACACAACGUGAAGUGGGAGAAGGCAAGAAAAGGAGAGAACCAUUUGUCUGUAUCGGAAUGCACGUCAUGAGGGUGGAGAGGAAUCGGAUUACGAGAGUCCAUCAGCCAACCGAACCCAUCGAAACUUCGGAUUAUGCAAAUGCUCGAUCUGUAUUUUUACACAUAAUCGAUCUGCGGCCUGGACGCUACAUUUUGCUGCCAACGACGUAUGCUCCGAGAGAACAAGCUAAUUAUAUGCUAAGGGCAUACUCCUCCGAAAAGCUGAACAUCCGGGCGUUGACCAAACAUGCCCCAACUCAAGGAUGGUGCUGGCAAUCAACCGGAUAUGUAACAAGAGUCCAUAUCAUGGAUGCUGAGAUUCCAACUGCUUCAGGAGAUUUCUAUUGUGUCAUCAACGACCAGAAGGAAAAGGUGCGAACGCGUACGAUUCGCGACACAACGAAACCGCAGUGGGACGAGCAAUUCGUGUUUUUCAAAAGAUCAGCGCAGCAAAAAUACAUGCUCGAAAUCUGGGAGGACCGUCGGAUGUCAAAAGAUCGACUUGUAGCACGGAUGGAGGUGAUGGCAUUGACAGACAAUGACUGCCGAGAAGAAGUGAAAGAAUUUGCCGAGGGGCGAGUACGACUCAAAAUCGCCGCCUACGACGAUCCGCUCUAUUUG